CUGAUCCUCGCCCAAAAUACAUUUCGAUGCUGCUAUGUCGCGCUGAAGCAUGAGUCGAGCAUCAUGGACGACCUCCUCACACCAGUUUCCACCACCAAGGUAAAGCGAGAGCAGACCAGCAAGCCGCUUCUCAGUACCGACCAUAACUCGACGUUGAACAAUGUCGAAGUUGUGGUUAAUUCUCCGAGCUCGGUGUUGGAAGCUUUGAAAGGAAAGCCAGAUUCUGCAACUGUUGAAAAAAUACUCAUAUAUCUCACCGCCGAGUCCAAAAGAAAAGAUGGCUUCAGCUUAGUCAAACCCGACCCUGUGUCGGCAAAUACAGCAUAUCAGCUUGUCAAUACAACAAUACCAGAUUACUGGCAAAUUAUCAAGGAAGAUGAGCGACAAAAAGAACAGCUCAUACACUGCCUCAGCAAUCCAUGCGGCAUCGGAGCCAUCAUGGCACGUCUCCGACCAUUGAUCGCAGACUGUCGACAGAAGAAACCAGCCGGCCACACACGAGACGCAUCUUCCCACAUUACAGACCUUGUAGAAAUUCUAGAUUGCAUUUUUCGCAACGAGAAGCUCUCUAACCAAGUUUGGUCCGAUGUAUGUACGCAUGCGAAAGAUCCCGUUCAAGCAAAGAUGAUGUGGAAGGAAUUCGUCGCACAAGUAGCAUCUGGAAGGGUCCUAGCAAUUGUCGCUGAGGCUGAAGCUGUUCUCAAAGACAGGGUGUCUUCUCGGAAGGCUACCUGGAUGUCUGAUGGCAACGAAUACGGAUCGUGGUUAGGGCACACCAUCGCCACCUUGAUGCAAACUGUUGAGAAGAACGAAGAGUCCGCAGUAGCUGUCGUAGAGAUCUGUGGAAAAGCAUUCUCCUUGGGUUAUACUGAUCGCAUCAUCAGCUCUAUGCUCCUGGAUAUGCUGAACUCAAACAAUUCCUCUAAACUUGCUUAUUUUGUGAACCAAAUGAAGGUGUUUGAGCAAAAGAAGUAUUUGCACGCGAUACUUGCAUGCCUCGUCAAGCAAUUCUUCAGCUCAACAGUCGAUUCCAAAACGGAUGCCCCAGUUGCAAGCUCGAGCACAGUGUCAGCUGCGAUUACUUUAAUCAAUAUGUUCAUCGACGAUAACGAAUCCCUCAAGGACAGUCUUGUGUCUAUACUCACAAAAUCGAGCGUGCCAGCUCUGAACGACUCUUUGCAUACUCGGCGAAGUGCCAUCGCAGCUCUGGCUAAACAUGAAGAUCAAUUGCAUACUCUUCUAGAGAACAGCCUCCAGCUGUUUGGAGAUAGCUUCUAUAUCAGACACACGCCCAUUUUGCAGCAAGAAAGCCUCGCUCAAACUAUUGCAAUGACAUGCGGCUAUGUCCAGCGAUCCCAGCCAAUGUUUCUCACUAUGAUGGCAAAGUCGAGUCAUCAUGUUUCUGGAAUGUCAAAUCGUAUCGGUGCUUCUUCACCUCGAGCUCGCUUCUUGGGUAUUGCUGUAGGAAUGGCCAUGUCACGCAUGGUAGACAAACCGGAACUACAGCUCAAAUUUGAUUUGGAUGGACCCGAAGAUACAGAAGCAAAAUGGUAUCAACGUCUAACAUCGUUGAACGAUAUUCCAGGAAGCAUAGAUGCUCUGAAGGCGCAGUCUAAACAAGCAUCCGCCAUAGGUCUCAGCAUGAGGCCAAAGAAACCUGUGUCAGGAAACAAUGUCCCAAAGAUAAAUAAAACACCCGCCACCACCGAGAUCAAAGGCCCACGCAUCGUGGAGAUUGUCGACGAUUCCGCCGAUGAGGAUGUCGAUUUGGUACCCUACGAUAAGCCCGAUUCCGAUCCUGAAGACGAGACCGACGACCCGACUGAGGUCAACCGGAACAAACCUAGUGCCCCGGUAUACAUUCGAGACUUGAUUGCUGGCCUGCGUAAUCAGGAAGACUACGAGCGACACCAACUUGCUCUAUCCACUGCUGCUACCCUUAUACGUCGCAAAGCUAACUUCGGCACUGAGGUAGCCGACCACAUCGAGGAGUUGGCAACCGUACUUGUAGGUCUAAAUGAUAACUUCGAGUUGGAUGGAUUUGCCGAACAGCGGCAGCAAGCUCUGAUCGCUGUGCUCUUGGCCAGGCCAGCAGAGAUGGCGCAGUGGUUCUCUAGAGCCUUUUUCACAGGGGACUACUCCCUCACGCAAAGGACCGCGAUGCUCACAACCCUCGGGCUUGGAGCCCGCGAACUCGCUGGUUUGAAAGACGCGUCAACCGACAACCUCAUGCCGCCAACCCCAUCAUUUCCAAGCAAACAGCUCCCAAGCCAGCUCCACACACUUUACGCACCAGAAUCUUCGGACCCACUCAACAAAAUCACCUCCGGCGUCACCAAGUCCCUCCUCUCCCCCCUGGCUGCGCAAGCAGCAGACUCCCUAACCGGCCCCAACAUCCUCAAGGUCCGCACAUUCUCCUCACGCAUGGAAGUCGAGAAGAAGCGUCAAAAGCCUAUCCCCAAUGCUCUCGCGCAGAUUGUGGCAGACAACUUCUUCUUCCCGCUGACAGGACGUUGGUGGCUGCAAACCCGCUCCGACAAAUCCGGCUCCUCUAUUUAUACAUCGACUCACCUCCUCCCACCGUUCCUACAGACUCUUGCGCUGCUGAUUCAGGCGUCCGGGCCCUCGACCCUGAGCCUCCCUCAAAUGACGCGCGAGCUCUGGGAUCUCUUAUUUGCCGUACGUGGUCUGGCUUUGAACGAUAAGCGGGUGUUGAGUGCGCUGUUAUUUGCGUUUCUAAUGUUGUUGGAGACGAAUGCGGAUAAAGAGCGUGUAGCGUCUGAUCAUGGCAAGGAGCUGAUGGAGACACUACAGUGGACAAAGAUGGUGUUUGAUGGGCUUCCUGCGGGUACGGAGGGUGGCACUGAGGAGCGGGUGAGAGUUCUGGCGGCUGGGGUGGUUGUAAGGGCGCAGGAGGUGGUAGAGAAGUAUCAAAGAAGGUUGUUGGGUAGUAUGCUGGACUACUAA